AAGCCUGGUCCAGGAAACCCGUGUAGAGGAACUCAGGAGGAGACUGUGCUCACGGAUGACUUUUGGAACAGCUGGACUACGAGCAGCUAUGGGAGCUGGAUUUUCCCGUGUCAAUGAUCUCACUGUCAUUCAGUCAACACAGCGGUAGGCACAAGCCCACAGGAGUGCUGUAGGUAAGAGAAGAGUGUGAAGACAGGAAGGAACUCCUCAUGAUCCAAAGCAUACCACCUCAUCUUAUGGGCGUGGGCGUAUAUGGCUGCCAGUGGAACUAGUUCCCUUGUAUUCAUUGAUGAUGUUACUGCUGACAAAGGGAGCAGGAUGAAUUCUGAAGUGUGUAGGGCUACAUUAUCUGCUCAGAUUUAUCCAAAUGCUUCAAAACUCAUUGGACAUUGCUGAAACUGAAAACAGCUGCAGUAAAGGCCUGGAUGAGCAUCACUAGGGGGAAAAAACCCAAUGUCUGAUGAUGUAUAAAGGUUUCAGACUUCAAUCUUUGGCUGCAAAGUAUUUGCAACCAAGUAUUAAAAAUGACAAUUUAAUUUAUGAUUGUUAGUUUGCCCAAUUAGUUUUGGUCUCUUUGGCACAUAAUAAAUGAUGUAAUUCUUACACCUUUCAUUAUGUAAAUAUCCUCAAAUGAAAGCCGGAAGUCUGCACUUUGAGCGCAUAUUCAUUAUUUAAGUUUAUCUCCAAGAUACGGUGGUAGACAGCUAAAAUAACAAAAAUAUGUCAGUGUCCAAAUAUUUAUGGACCUGGCUAUAUUUUGGCAACGCAGCAUGCAUUCCAAUACAAUAGGAUUCUAUAGAAUAAAAAAUGUUACACAACAUUAAAAAUGUACACGUAUACACACACACACACACACACACACACACACAAAAUAUCAUUACACCACAUCAACAGAAAGAACAGAAAAUUAAUUAAUUAAUUAAUUUAUUUAUUUACUCACAUUGCAGAAUGUAUACAGUCUGAUUUGUGUACUUCUGUACAGAAACCUCCAGAACGAUUAACACCUUCAAGUUAAUACUGACAAAAAUGCUUUAUAAAAUUUGCUGUUUGCAAUUUCUAUUUUCAGGGACAUGAGUCAUUCCAGAGUUUAUGAACUAAUCUUCAUUUCAUAUUUUUUCUUUUGAAGCCUCCGUGUGCCGUGAUAACAGCACUUGAGUCUUUUCUGUAUCCUCUGAUGAAGUGAGGGAGUCGAUCUUAUUUGUUCAAUUUGAAUAAUAUUGGCAAUAAUUCCAGAGUGUACUACUGUAUUUUCAAAAUGUGGAAAAUCUUUUCCUUUUUUAGCCUAAAUGUGAGUGUUCUGUAAAUCUGUAUCGCAUGCCUAUAACCACCUGUGCAAUUUCAUUAUAGGGGAUGUAUGUAUACUUGGCUAAAUGUUUCCCUGACCUGAAGAGCAGAGGUUUGGUGGUUGGAUAUGACACACGCGCCCAGGAGUGCAGUGGCUGCACCAGUGAACGGCUUGCAAGAUUGACUGCAGCAGUCAUGCUUAGUAAGGAUGUUCCAGUUUAUCUGUUUUCAACAUAUGUGCCUACCCCAUUUGUGCCCUAUGCUGUAAAGAAGUGCGGAACUGCUGCAGGUGUAAUGAUCACUGCCUCUCACAACAGAAAGGAGGAUAAUGGAUACAAGGUAUACUGGGAGAACGGUGCUCAGAUUUCUUCUCCACAUGAUAAGGAGAUCCUACGUUGUAUAGAACAAAAUGCAGAGCCCUGGGCAGAGUCUUGGAAUCAAGACCUGGCUGAGAGCAGCUCAUUAAGGACUGAUCCACUGAAAGACAUUUGCUGCUGGUACAUGGAGGAGCUGAGUACGCUCUGCUUCCACAGAGAGCUCAACACACAGUCUCCCUUGAAGUUUGUGCAUUCAUCCUUUCAUGGAGUUGGACAUGUCUAUGUCCAGAAGGCGUUUCAGGCAUUUGGCUUUCCACCUCCUAUCCCUGUACCAGAGCAGAUGAAUCCAGAUCCAAACUUUUCCACUGUCAGCUGCCCUAACCCUGAAGAGGGAGAGUCAGUUUUGGAGCUGUCUCUUCGCCUUGCUGAGAGAGAGGGAGCCAGGAUUGUGCUGGCCACAGACCCUGAUGCUGAUCGCCUGGCUGUUGCAGAACAGUGUGACAAAUGUGGCUGGAAAUUUUUUACUGGGAAUGAGCUGGCUGCGUUGCUGGGCUGGUGGAUGCUAUUAAACUGGAAGAAGACUCACCCAGAUCCAGCUGAGAUUGAGAAUGUGUACAUGCUGGCCACAGCAGUCUCCUCCAGAAUCCUCAAGACCAUGGCAGAGAUGGAGGGCUUCCAUUUUGAGGAAACACUACCUGGCUUCAAAUGGAUUGGAAAUAAAAUCCACGAGUUAGCUAAAACAGGAAAGGAGGUCAUUUUUUCCUUUGAGGAGUCCAUUGGCUUUCUGUGUGGGAGAAUGGUCCCCGACAAGGAUGGAGUUAGUGCUGCUGUAGUUGUUGCUGAGAUGGCAGUGUAUUUGCAUGCAAAAAAUUUAACACUUAACCAACAACUUCAAAACAUCUAUGAAAUUUAUGGCUACCACAUUUCAAGAACAUCCUAUGUUAUCUGCAAUGACCCCCCGACUGUCAAGAGAAUAUUUAAUCGUUUACGCAACUUUGAAGGCGAAGGUGUUUAUCCAAAGAAGUGUGGUGGAUACAGCAUUACACACAUCAGGGAUGUGACUACAGGUUAUGACAGCAGCCAUCCUGACAAAAAAUGUGUCCUACCAGUGUCCAAAAGCAGUCAAAUGGUGACAUUCACAUUUCAGAAUGGUAUCGUUGCCACCCUUAGAACUAGUGGGACAGAGCCCAAAAUCAAGUACUACACAGAGUUCUGUGCACCACCUGGAAAAAGAGAUAUCUCAAGUCUUGAAGAGGAAUUAGCAAAUGUGACCUCUGCUCUGCUAGAGGAGUAUCUGGAGCCUGAGAAGAACAAUCUGAUCCGCAGAUCAGUAUAGCUCUGUCAUACCAAAAGCAAUUAGGCAGGAGUCAUUGUGGGUUUGUUUCAUCUUAAUAUAAUUUCAGUGCCUGAAAUGUUAUCUCUUACUAUAAAAUGUCCAGCUUUAAUUAUUUUAUUGCUGCAAAGGUCUUAAGAUGUAAAACAUUAGAGUCAACAAGCAUGCCUGUUUCUGCCAUAAUGAUGUAUGUAUCCUGACUGUUGUAGUGUCAUUAAGUCAUAUUGAAAUGUUCAGUUCCUUUGUUAUGGUGCCCCUGUGGUUUUGAUGAUGAUCCAGGUUAUUUGUCAUUCACAACCUAGGGUUUGCUGAAAUUGCUACUGGGACAUUAUAAUGUGAUGCUACUCCGCUCUGCUGCUUUAUAGACUGGGCAAAUAUUUUAAUGGAAACAUCUAGGAAUUCCAUGAAGUAUUGGAGACUGCAUUAGCACGUCUCAAGUACAUGAAUCAAUCUUGAAAUAAUUUUAUGUUUAUCAGCGAUGGUUGAAUGGAUAGUUUUUUUUAUCCAUUGCUAAAUACGUUAAGAGUGUAGAUUUUGAUUGAAAGCAUUAUCCAGUGUAGUCUAUUUCAUUUUUGUCAGGCACUGCAUAUCAGUGUGUGCACCAAAGUUUUGGCAUGGUCAGUGCCAGAAUGUGAUAGAAUGCAAGGUUAAAUAAACAACAGGUUUAACUCCAUUGUUCCAAAUUCCUUUGGUGACAUUGUUAAUUCUUGGACAGGGAAGAUUUCAUAGUAUUGAGUUUGAUUAAUCGUAGAAUUGUAGAAUUCUUAAACAAUUCAGAAAAGAGUAGGCCCCAAAAUCAUGGAUGCUGUGCUUGAGGCAGAUAAUGAAUGAAUUUCACGUUUGUUUAUUGUCAGCAAUUGGGUGAUCAUUUGAAACGGCAUUCUGAACAUGUUGGUUGUUUGACGUUCUUCGUGUACAAGUGACUUGCACAAUAGUUCAUAAGACAGGAAGACUCUUGCUGCUUUCAGUGUGCUGAAUUUCCUUGUGUAUUAUUCAGCUUGCACUACAUAUAUAUAUAUUUUUUAGACAUAUAUAAAUAUUGUCAAGAGAUGUUGAAUAGAGGCUGAAUAUUUAUUUUGUGUAUUCUUCACAUUAUACCUAUGGGCAGAAGGCACAUAAUGUUGGCAUUGUAAAGUGGAGCAAAGGACAGAUUUUUAGAUAAAUCACAAAGAAAGAAUAUUUUCUUUAUGGUGUUGUUCUAAGGAUGAGUACAAAUUAAAUAUUUAUUUGUGAUGAUACUCAAAAUAUAUUUAAUAUAUUGCAUUUGUUCCAUUUACCAAUUAAAUUUCAUCUUAAGUGAAUUGUAUUGAAUUAAAGAAAAUAUACAAAUCA